AUGGUUUUAGAUCAAUCAUACUUGCAAAGAACUUCGUACAAACAGGACAUCUUCAAGGGCAAAGUCGUCUUUGUCACCGGUGGUGCUGGGACUAUUUGUAGAGUCCAAGCUGAAGCUUUAGUGUUAUUGGGUGCAAACGCCGCUAUUAUAGGAAGAAAUGAAGAGAAAACAGUGAGUGCUGCUAAAGAGAUUUCUCAAUUAAGACCAGGUGUUAAAGUUAUUGGUGUUGGUAACACGGAUGUUCGUAAUAUCAAAAGUUUACAAGCUGCUGUUGAUCAAACAGUUAAAGAGUUAGGUAGAAUUGAUUUUGUUAUUGCAGGUGCUGCUGGUAAUUUCCUUUGUGAUAUAAAUUCAUUAAGUGCAAAUGCUUUCAAAUCUGUUAUUGAUAUUGAUGUUCUUGGUAGUUAUAACACUUUGAAAGCUACUUAUAAUCAAUUAGUUAAGAAUAAAGGUGAAAUUAUCUUUAUUUCUGCAACUUUACAUUACCAAGGAACUCCAUUCCAAUCUCAUGUUUCUGCUGCAAAAGCUGGUAUUGAUGCACUUUCUCAAACUAUUGCAGUGGAAUUAGGUCCAUUAGGUGUUCGUUCAAAUAUAAUUGCUCCAGGUGCAGUGGCAAAUACAGAAGGGUUUAAAAGAUUAAUUGGUCAUAAAACUGAAAGUGAAGUUAAUUCAAAAAUCCCAUUACAAAGACCUGCUAAAACUGAAGAUAUUGCAAAUACAACUGUCUUUUUAUUAAGUCCAGCGGGGGAAUAUAUCACUGGUGAUAAAAUUGUUGUUGAUGGUGGUCAAUGGCAUUUAGGUAAUGGAAUUUCUGAAGGUUAUCCAAAAUUAAUUAAAGAAAGAUCAUUAAAACCUUCAAAAUUGUGA